CACGCAAUAGAAACACACACACGUAUACGCACGUCGUCACGUGACAAAUCUACGUCACUAAGUACAAGUGUCAGGCCAGCCAAUGAGAAACGAGUACGAGUCUGGUCAGCAGACGCCUCUGCGGAGACGGUGUCGGGGUGGUUAUAUAUCGUCGCAAUCCCGUGCCAAGACGAGAUAACCACUAGAAGCAAAGUACAAGUUUAGCUGCGUUCAUAUACUUCACUGAAUCUCUAGAUGCGCUAGUUCUGCUUGACGAUACUACUUCUGCAGUCUCCCAUCGAACGUAGGACUGCGCCAUUGACGAGGGAUACACGGCGAUACAGGCGGUCCACUCCGAGCCAGCCGUUUGCGCAUGGCAGGAAUGUACGGACCGUGGACGAUGGUCGGCUCGCGUACGGCCGUCAUCGUCGCUCUACUGAGCGCAGCUGUCGUCGCUCAGCAGCCGAACCAGCGCGACUUCGAGGCGUUCCUCGACCGAGCCACACUCGCCGACGAGCUGACGCAACGCGACGAGCGAGGCUUCGGCAACAAGCGCAACCUGGUGGCCGUCGACGGCGAUGCGACGUUGCCCGAGUACGCCGCGGCGGCAGGGUACGCGGCUAAUGACGUCACAGCGGAGAAACGCGGCUUCGGCAACAAGCGCUCGCUGCCUCUAGACGCCGAAGACGUCAAUAAGCGCGGCUUUGGUAACAAGCGAGUGCUUGAGAGCGGGUGGUACGGCGACGACGACGACGACGACGGAGUGCUGGGCGUCGUUCCAGCGCUGACGCUCGCUACGCAACCACGGCUGCUGCACGAAUCGCAGCUAGAGUUUGUCGAUGACAGCGGCGCAAGCGAGCAGUUUGAGAAACGUGGUUUCGGCAACAAACGGGGUUUUGGCAACAAACGGGGUUUUGGCAAUAAACGGGGCUUUGGCAACAAACGGGGGUUUGGCAACAAAAGGGGCUUUGGCAACAAACGAGGAUUUGGCAACAAAAGGGGCUUUGGCAACAAACGGGGGUUUGGAAACAAACGGGGGUUUGGCAACUGAUAUUACAUAAGUUAUGUACUCAUCUCGUUAUAUACAGAGAUCAUGGUAGCGAGCUAUAUGCCCUGUUACGACAUACUUUCUAUCACUGUCAGAGCUCCGGGUUGAUAACCGGUAUCGUGUGUAUAUUGGGCGCAAUUUUUGUUGGGUAAAUCCGGCUUAUCCACGUUAAUAUUAUUGCUGCCACGGCUGCGUGUUGAUUCAUUUUUGUAAACGUAGAAGGUGCAUAAACGCGUGGGUCUUCACCCUCCUCAAUGGUUAGUUCUCUGUGUUCGAGGCGGUUCUAUUUUUUUUCUAAUUAAACCCAUCACAUUUCCAUUUGAUUUGUAUACGAAAAGCGACACCGUUACCAAGGAAACCGCUCAUGAAUAGAGAAUUAGUUAGAACAUCGCAAUGAAUAUCUUUGUAUACGACGCGUAUCUAUUGACAUCUAUAACGCAUCGGUUUGUACAAAUAUAGUUUGCGAGAGGAAAUGUGUCAAUCUAACGAUAAAACAUUCAAAUAAAAAUCACUUUUGUACGUAAACUAUUUCAUAAUAUAGUUAUAAAUUUGUGCACUCGUAACAUUUACAGUUUACGCAGGUUACACAGUUAUACUGUAAUAAAUGUAUCGGCUCAUUUCUCGUUGCAUAAUAGGGAGCACAAAACGAAUAACGCUCAGCAAAUAUACUCGGAAGGAGACUAUUUGGGAAUAAUGCACAAUUUCUAAUUGCUGAAAAUUGUAUUUAGAUUGAAAAUGUAGAUUUUCAAGGCGCGCCAUUCGACGGCGACUGAGACUAAAGUAUUUGAUAUUAGAGAGUAUAUUAUUGAUUAUAUUAUUGAUUAUAUUGGAGACUAAGAGAUAUUAAUCGCGCGAUCAUCAACGCAAUCAUCAAAAAUAAAGCGUGAUUAAAUCUACUAAUAGAGGCUUCAGUUACCAUAUUAACAACAAGGACACUUACUGGCCCGAUAAACGUUUUUUUCUUUUCGCUAAGGACUGACUUGCUGGCAAUAUCAUUGAGUGCCGUUUAUUUCGGUGAGCUACUGUGCCGUUUCACCUAAGAAUUCAUGGUAUUUUGGUUUUCAA